AUGCGUUUCUCACUAUUGCUCAGCGUCUUAGGCGCUGCAGCUGUCGAGAUUCCAGCUCAAAAUAAUGGGAAUGGUCUGCACCGGAGGAGUGAAUCAGUAACUCUUCAGCCUGCUCCUGUCGCUACUCAGGCGCAAGAUGGUUACAUCGCCAACUCCCCUGAGCCUCAGACGUAUGCUGCCAACGACCCAGAAACAACGGUAGCACCAGUACCGCAAGCUGUCUCCUCUGGACCAGCUGAGAAGGAUAAUACUGAUAUUCCAUCGCCUGCCACAACGGCCGAGGCCCCUGGAACCAGCGCAAACAUGGUCUUUGAUAUCAAGUGCGGCUGUAAUGUGCCCGUGACAACUGUUGUGACCAUUACAGGAGAAUAUCCUGGAAGCUCUCCGCCAGUGGUUCUUCCGCCCAGUACCGAGCCUGUCCCUGGACCUCCAGUUAUCACAGCUUCCUACACGGUUGCGCCGCCGCCAACUUCGACAUACCAGCCUCCUGAGCUCCCGACUACGACAAGUCAGCCGCCCCUGGAGCCUCCCACCAUUACAGGAUCAUACUCCGCUGAGCCUCCCACCACAAGUAAUGAGCCUCCUGUUCCUCCUACUACCACGAGCGAAGAGCCCGAGCCUCCAACCACCACGACCGAGCCUCCUGUACCCCCCACGACAACAAGUGAAAUCCCCAUACCUCCCACGACAACUAGUCAAGCUCCGGAACCUCCAACCACCACAACACCGCCUCCUGAAACGACUGAAUCUUGCGCACCUGGUGGCACUACCACCGUUACCGAUAAGAUCACUGUCACGGACAAGGUCACGGUGACUGAGAAGGUUACGGAGAAGGUCACGGAGAAGGUCACUGAAAAAGUAACAGUGAUCGAGACCCAGGCCGCGUCAACAGUAACGGAGACAGUGACAAAGGGGACCACUGCAGUCCAGACUCAGCCUGGAGUGACAUUAAUCGAGACUGUUCCCGGGCCAACAAUCAUCGAAACCCAACCAGGAGAGACUGUUAUUCAGACUCAACCAGGAGAGACCGUCAUUCAGACUCAACCAGGAGAGAUUGUUAUUCAGACUCAGCCUGGAGAGACUUUGAUUCAGACGCUACCUCCGGUCACGAUCACUGAGCCUGGAGUUACAAUCACCGAAGACGGGGAAACCGUUACUGUCACUGGGCCUACAGUUACAGAGGCUGGAACGACCAUCACUGAACAAGGACCUACUGUAACACUUCCUAAAGUCACCGUCACUCAGGCAGGAACAACGGUAACCCUUCCUGAGAAGACCGUCACGGAAUCUGGAAGCACUGUUACGGAAGCCGGAACUACCAUCACUGCGCCUAGUGUAACAAUCACCGACACCGUUACCAUUCCUAGAAGCAGAGUGACUGUCACCGAGACUGGAGAAGACGAGACAGUGACAGUACCCAAGACUAUUGUUCAACCCGGUGAAGAAAGAACCAUUGUGCGGACUGUUACUCUUCCUGGUCAGGAAACGGUCGUUACAGUGUCCGGCGAAGAACAAACUAUCACUGUACCUGGAGAGAGGACUGUUGUCACUGUGCCUGAAGAGCAAGCCACGGUGACAGUCGAAUCGGUUGUCACUGAGCGACUGCCUGCAGAGACAUUGACCAUCACCAAGGGUGGACAAACUGUUGUCACAGUGGUCCCAGGCCCAACAACCGUUUACACUACCACCUUCACGAUCGGCCAAACAGUACAGCUUCCUCCAACCACGGUCACUGCCACACCCGGGCGAAUCACUCUGUGCCCCAAGCCUACGGGUAGAUCUGCGCCACUCGACUCCAAAUCUGAUCUCACAUUUGGCUGUGGGCCUGGCUAUGUUUGCAACCCACCAAAGCCAGCAUGGUGUAACGUCUGGGCUGAGCCGCCGGAUGAGGACUAUCUGUGUGAGCCUCAGUACUGUAUCAAGGCUCCUAAGAUCAAGAAGACCAAGUGGCGCAAGAACAAGACCAGUUACUACCCCCGAUCUCCAGGUUAUUUCAACCUGAACCCUGAGGCCUUUGGUCUUUCUUACGACAUCUUCGAAAAGCAAGUUUAUGAGAAGAUCGUCAGCAAGGAGCUCAAGACCUUCACCACUGGGAACUGGGCUUCUCAAACAACAUUGAGCGACUGGCCCGAUGCUACUACUUCAGUAGCAGAGUCUUCUGACUACGCUUCUAGCAACAACCAACGACGCGGAAUGCACAUGUUUGAUACACGGGACGUCACUCCAGCCAUAUGCUACGAUGACUGCGAUGGUGCUUACAAGAUUGCUCUGUCAACAGGCAAGUCGGACAGGCUUUGCCGAAAGGGCUCCUCAUUCCUUGGCAGUUACAGUAUCUGCCGAACAUGUAUCAGUGACAAUACGGAGAAGUCUAAGAAGACUGUCCGAGACUACGUCGAGCCCCAGUUCAGUCAGUUUGUCGAAUAUUGUGAUGGAAAGGAUACCACGAGUGCCACCACAGCUGCUUCUGGUCCCGAAUCCCAGGUUACUGAAACUCCUGAUGUGGAAACAACAGGUCAAGUUGGGGCUACCUCUGGUGGUUUCACUGCUCUUCCUGUUACAUCGGAGGAGUCUGAACCCAAAACGAGUAGUGCUAAAGCCAAGCCUCAGUCGACCACUGAUGCUGCUGAGCCUACAAGUGUCCAAGAAGAGAAUACUACAAAGCAGGCAAAGCCUACGUCUGUUCAGGAGGAAAAGACUACAGAACAACCUGAGCCUACUUCUAACAAUCCCGAGCCUUCAAGCGUCGGCGACGAAAGCACGGAGAUCAUUGAACCCGCUUCCACAGACUUUGAGCCUAGUAAAACGGCAGCCCAAGUAACGACAGAUGCAGCUGGAGCGACCUCGGAUGCAUCAGAACCUACCACGUCUGUUGGAGCUGUUGAAGAGACUUCGGUGCCGGUCGAGACGACCGAGACUGAUACAGCAGCUAAGGAGGCAUCGACCAACGGGUCUGAAAACUCUGAAGCUGGUGAGUCCACAACUUUGUUUGUUCCUACCAAGAGUGUUGUUGUGGCCGUGACAUCGUCGCUUGGUGACUCUGACACUGAUGUGGUUUCUACUGUCACAGAAACAGGAUCUAGAACUGCUCACACCAAGGGAGUCGAGACAGACUCUUCCGAAUCUGCCUCAGAGACUGAUGGUUCCGCCGCGACCGCGACCAGCGGUUCUGAGGCUGCGUCUGAAGCUACUUCCGGAGCUACUUCCGAGGCUGCUUCUGAGGCUGCCACCAAGACUGCCUCAGAGACUGAUGCUUCUGGAACUGUCACAGCGACCACAGUCAAGGUUACAAGUUCUGGCAAGGUGGAUGCUACCGAAACUGCAUCAGAAACAGAAUCGGGAGCUGCCGCAACAGAAACCACAGAAACAGACGCUGCUGGCGCUGCCACUGCUUCAAGCACGACUAAGUCACGUCUCGAGACACGUACUACGACUUCUGGCUCAGAUGAGACUGCAGCACCUUCGAAUGUUGAAGCUGCCGCGUCUCGUUUGACCGCCAGUUUUGCCACUUUCAUCGCCAUUCUGGCGAUGCUAGUGCUCCUCAUUUAA